GUUUUGUCAUGACACGGCUAUCUACUCUACCAACAGAAAAUAUAUCAUCAAGACACCUAGUUCAUGAUGGAAUCUCCGUUCGUCAGCUUUGUGUUGUGUGCCAUUGUGACACUGUGUAUGUCAGACGAUCUAUCGGAAAAAAUCAAAGGAGGCCUGCCAGCAAGAAAAGGGGACUUCAGUUUUGCUGUUAGAAUAUUGAAAGAUAGUGAUUUUGUAUGUAAUGGAAUGCUGGUAUCACGUUCCUGGGUUCUUACGAGGAAGGGUUGUAUUGAAAAUGAGACAUGGGGCUACAAGAUUGUGUUCUCGUCCCUUUUCACUCGACAAGUUAGAUAUAUACAGACAAACAACAAGUACGACGAAAUUAUUCUUGCAAGACUGAAUAAGAGAGUGCAGCGAACAAAAGACAAUGUUCGACCAUUUGACCGUUUCAUCUGGAAAGGAGGUGAAGAACAAGUGACUGACUGUAAAA